AUGGACGCCGGCAAGGAGUACCAAGCUCAGCUCAUGGGCCAGUGCGCCGCGGGAAACCACGACUACACCAAGAAGUACGGUGUGUGCGGUAUCAUCACCGCCAUCGUCUGCUUCCCCUGCGGUCUCAUCUGCCUCUUCUCCGACGUUGAGAAGCGUUGCGUGCGCUGCGGUGUCAAGGCUGCAUAG